AUCGCUUGUCGACGCCCAUCUCGGAAGACUGCCAACGUCCACCGCAACCGGUGACACCACAAGCACCGACACUGACCACCCACAGCGAUGCUGCGGACGAUAAUCAUUCACAUCAUACUACGCCGAUGACGACAUCCAGUACUCAAACUACAACGUGGCCUACGUGGACAGAGAGACCAAGCACUACGACUCAGCAGACGACCAGAACUACGUGGCCUACGUGGACCUCGAACACCCAGAAACCAUCUAGCAAAAUCCCGGAGGAAACGACGAAGCCUAGUUGGACGCAAGAACAAAGUACAUCUAGUAGCACCACGAGCUGGUCAUGGACUACAUCAAGAGCACCUACUACACGGCCUACAACAACCACCACAACUACCACGCAGGAAUCAAUUAUCACCACACCAGGAACGAAUUGUAUUGACGGCGAAUACUAUAGCGAUCCUGCAAGCUGCAGCAAUUAUUACAGAUGCGUUCGCGGCGAGUUGAAGCGCGAGCAGUGCGCGCCGGGAUUGCACUGGGACGCGAAACGACAUCUUUGCGAUUGGCCAUUGGCAGCGAAAUGUGAAACAGUAACUG